AUGACUAUGGCUUCGAUACAGGACCGGACGACCGAAUUCCGGUCCAUCCUUGGACAAGCCCAGAAGAGGAUGGCUUCCAACAAAGUCGGCGCUCAGCGCCAGGCCUUGCUUUCAGAUUCACAGCGCCGCCAAGCGAACGGAAGUCCAGAAGGACCAGGAAAGAGGAGGUCGGAAUUCGCUAGACGGGCGGCAGAGAUCGGUCGAGGGAUCACUGGAACGACUGCGAAAUUGCAGCGGUUGGCAGAGUUGGCCAAACGCAAGACACUUUUCGACGACAGACCCGUCGAAAUUUCCGAACUCACCUAUGUCAUUAAACAAGACCUGGCAUCGCUCAAUCAACAAAUCGCACAAUUACAAGCCCUCACCUUAUCCCAACACCCUCGAGCAAGCCGAAACAAAACUGAUCAGGAGGGAGAACACAACGACAAUGUCGUCGUCAUGCUACAAGGGAAACUUGCGGAUGUAGGCGCAAACUUCAAGGAAGUCUUGGAAGUCCGUACCAAGAAUAUUCAAGCCUCUCGUUCACGCACGGAGAAUUUCGUCUCCUCUGUAUCGUCAAAAAGUCAAACUCAAUUUGACCCUCAACGAUCAGACUCGCCUCUAUAUAUCGCACCGCGCAGCAGAACGCCACAGCCCGGUUUCCGUCAUGGCGGCGGCAACUCUUCCGAUCUCCUUACACUCGAACCCUCCUCGUCUUCUGUGCUAGGCCAGUCUAAUCGUGGAGCAUCAGACCAACAGCUGUUGAUGAUGGAAGAGGCUCAGCCCGAAAAUACAUAUAUCCAAGCGCGAGGCGAAGCCAUUGAAGCCAUUGAACGAACUAUCAAUGAGCUGGGGGGUAUUUUCGGUCAAUUAGCGACCAUGGUCAGCGAACAAUCUGAAAUGAUUCAACGGAUUGACGCAAACACGGAAGAUGUUGUCGAUAAUGUCGAGGGUGCGCAGCGCGAGUUGAUGAAGUAUUGGUCACGGAUGAGUGGGAAUAGGUGGCUUAUUGCGAAGAUGUUUGGCGUUUUAAUGAUUUUCUUCCUUUUGUGGGUUCUGAUUUCCGGAUAA